AUGGACAAAAAAGAUUCAAGUGAAAAUGAGAAAAAACGUCGCAGAGAUAUUAGAACCGGAUGUCAAGCAAAGCUACGAAUAACAAGACAGGAGGAUCGAAAAUGGUUGGUGGACUCGUUUAAUGACACACACAACCACGACUUGACCAUGACACCUACGAAGGUGAUGAAGCAUCGAUCUCAUAGCAGUUUCCACCGUUCAAUAGAAGGUAAAUCUCUUAUGGUGCAAUUUGGUCAAGCAGGGUUGAAACCUUCUCAGAUUAAAAAGGCUGUUAAUACAAUGAAAACCUCAAAUGUAGCUGAUGUUACUUCAAAGCAAUGUGCCGAUGUCUUAUCUGAGCAACGAAAACAACAUAAAGGAAAGGAGUUCUAUGGACUUAUAAAACAUUUUCAAGAUAAAACAUUAGUUGAUAGUGACCAGUAUUUUGUUGUGGAUUUGUCUGAUGAUAGGUAUCCUAGAAAUAUCUUUUGGGCUGAUGCUAGAUCAAGAGAUGCUUAUACAAAAUUCAGAGAUGUUGUUGUGUUUGAUGUCACCUAUAUGACUAACAAGUUCAAGAUGCCUUUUGCUCCAUUUACUGGUGUGAAUCAUCAUGGGCAGUCUAUACUUUUUGGUGGAGCAUUGCUUGAAAAUGAAAACGAAGAGUCAUUUGAAUGGUUAUUUGAACAUUUCCUCAAAUGUAUGUUUAACAAGUAUCCGAAAGCAAUUAUAACAGAUCAAGACAAAGCAAUGGGAAAUGCAAUAAAAAAGUGUUUCCGAAGACUCGACAUCGUUUUUGUUCAUGGCAUAUCAUGA